AUUGUGUGUUGCUGGUUCCUUGUUUGUUUUCGUCACCCCUCGUUCCCGACCAUGAUUAUGCUUUGUUUUGCUUUACCUUGGAAAUCUUAUGCUACGCUUUGCCUUGGAGUACCUGCAGUGAUUUUUGUAAGUUUUUUUUGUAUUUGGACUACGGUUUGUUCCUGCAGUGUUUUUGCUACGUUUUGACUCCAUAAAUAAACCUAUGAAUUAUAAAGAUGAUCCUGCUGAGCUCUUGUCUGCACUUUGGUCCGAUCCAAAACCACAACGUGACACCUACUAAAAUAUCAGCGAUGAGCAAGUCAACAGGCAGCUGCCAGGGCUUUCUACAUUAUGCGUUUGACUAUGAAACACCAAAAACGCUGGUUAUUCCCAGCAUACGUGUUGGAUUUGUCUUCAGGUUCAUCCAGUUCUUGGUGGCACUGUAUGUGGUGGGGUAUGUGUGUGUGGUGCAGAAAGCUUACCAGGAGAAAGACUCUGUCAUCAGUACUGUUACAACAAAAGUGAAGGGCUUUGCCUUUACCAACAUAUCUGAUAUGGAGCUGCGUUUUUGGGAUGUGGCAGAUUACAUUAUCCCCUCACAGGGAGAUAAAACAUUCUUCGUGUUGACGAACUUGGUAAUGACCCCCGGACAAACCCAGUCACGCUGUGCUGAGCUUCCAAACCCUUCAACUACCUGUGUGGAUGACUGUGACUGCAUUGAGGGAUAUAAUGAUCCUCUUGGCAAUGGUAUACGUACAGGACUGUGUGAAAAUUAUUCCUCCACUGUCAAGACCUGUGAAGUUCUCUCAUGGUGCCCCCUUGAAUUAGACACCAAACUUCCCAAGCGUGCACUCCUGGCUGCAGCUGAAAACUUCACUGUGUUGAUCAAAAAUAGCAUUACGUACCCAAAGUUCAACAUUCACAAAGAAAACAUACUGCCUCAUAUUAACUCCUCAUAUCUGAAUACAUGCGAGUUCAGUCAUAAAACAGACCCCGACUGUCCCAUAUUCCGCCUCAGGUACAUUGUUUCAGAGGCUGGAGAGGACUUCCAAGACAUGGCUGUAAAGGGGGGUGUCCUUGGUAUUCUUAUCGACUGGAGCUGUGACCUGGACUGGUGGGCUGGGAAGUGUCAUCCCAAAUACACCUUCCGCAGGCUGGACAACACACACCUAUUCAAUAAUGUGGCCCCAGAGUACAACUUCAGGUUUGCAAAAUACUACAAGACGCCAAAGGGAGAGGAACAAAGAACAUUAUUCAAAGCGUACGGGAUCCGUUUUGACGUCAUUGUAUUUGGAACUGGAGGAAAAUUUGGAAUUGUACCAACCAUAGUAAACGUGGGUGCAGCUUUGUCCUUUAUGAGUUUGGUGCCCAUGGUUGCAGACUGGUUCAUAUUGACCUGCAUGAAAAAAAGAGACCUUUACAGCAGACAGAAAGUAACAUAUCUGGUUGAGGAACCUGAAAAAGAAUCGACAUCAAUGAGCACAACGUAUGGAACCCAGUAGCAGACUGGAGUGAACAUGACCACACAUUUUCUGAAAAUAAUUUCAAUCUAGCUCUAAAAAUGUCAGACUGUUGGGUUUAAAUCCUUCAAUAAAACUGUUCUUGUGUGUAAA